UUGUUUCUCUGUUGACAUUCUGAUUUGAGCACAACGAAAUAAUCUUUGCAUUUACAAUCUUGGCAGUAGGGGUUGUUACGAAAAAGUUUUGUAGGUUAUAUGCAUUAUAUUGGUUUUUGAUUCGGCCUAAAUUCAAAAUUAGGAUUGAAUAAAGAGAUAUUACACAGUGAAAAUUUGAAUAUUUUACCAGAUCACAAUGUCAGUUGACGCAGACACUGACAAUGAGCUGGAAGAGAACUACUACACGUUUCUAAAUCUACCGCGAGACGCGACGGGUGAGCAAAUAAAUGCCGCGUAUAGAAAAUUGAGCCGAAUUUAUCAUCCCGAUAAGCAUGUAGACGUGGAGAGUAAACAUAAAGCAGAACAGUUGUUUAAUAGGACAAAACGGGCGUAUGAAGUAUUGUCAGACCCUCACAAACGAGCUAUAUAUGACUGUGUUGGCCAAAAAGGCUUGCAAACGGUUGGAUGGGAAUUAGUACAUCGCACUAAAACUCCUGCGGAGAUACGAGAGGAGUACGAACGAUUAGCACAAGCGGCUGAGGAACGAAAGCUGCAACAACGCACUAAUCCUCGUGGUAAUAUUACAGUUAAUGUUAAUGCCACCGAGAUAUUUACUCCGUACGAUGAGACGCAGCUUCCACGAAUUGAAGUUUCUUCGAUGAGUAUUUCACAAUCUAUUGAAGCGCCUAUCAAUCGUAAAGACACCCUUACACUAGGCGGAAACCUAUAUUCGUCGAAUGGUAAUGGAAACGGAAACUUCAUUCUAUGUGGUCGAAGAUUAGUUAAUAAGGGCUGGUUGGAAAUAGACGUUGGUGCUGGUAAUGGCCCUCUUUUAGGUUUUAAAGGUGGACGUACCCUCUCAUCGGUAGUAACAGUGAACGGGGGAACGUCAAUGAACUUUCGUGACGGUCGUGUCAUUCCUGCUGUAUUUUCAACUCUAGCAGUACAGUUAGACAAACAUACAAUGGGUUCCUUAACUCUCAACGUAAGCACUCAAUCUUCCAUGACUACGCAAAUUGAUAGUAGCACUGAAAAACACGCUUGGACAACAUCUUUUGUAAUCGGCUUUCCUCAUAUAUACUUGAGUGCCGCAUACACGCGAAAGAUGAUAGAAAACGAACUUAAACUUAAAUUGGCCGCAAAGUUGGGUACAUUUGGUUUCCUGGCAGAAUAUGGGGCUGAGAAAAAAAUAUCGAAAUAUAGUUCUGUGUUUGCUGCUGUGUCGCUGGGUAUUCCAUCUGGAGUAAUGCUGAAAUUUAAAAUAGUGCGCUCCAAUCAGUCCUAUAUAUUUCCAAUACACUUGAGCGAAGAGAUUGUUCCUGCCGCUGUAUUUUAUGCAACGGUAACCCCAGUAUUGAUGUGGUUCUUUGUAAAAAAGUCUAUACUGGACCCAAUGCGCUUGGAGCAAAAAAAUGCCGAUAUCGAGAAGGCGAAACGAAGUAACGAACAGCGAUUGGCGAGGCAGCGGCAGGAGGCUCGUUCCGCUAUCGAAUUAAUGCAGCAUACCUAUGAGCGCAUAGUUUCGGAAGAAAGUAGCAGAGGUGGACUUAUAAUAACAAGUGCUACUUAUGGGCAACUGGAAGAGAGUAGUAGCAACUUUCAGAGCAACGCAUCGGUUGAUGUAAAAAUACCACUUCAGUGCCUUGUAAAGGAUGGUACAUUAAUGUUAUAUCAAUCGUCGAAGAGUGAAUUGCCCGGGUUUUAUGAUCCAUGCAUUGGUGAAGACAAAAUUUUAAAAAUUGAGUACAUGUUCAGAAAUCAAAAUAACGUUGCUAUAAUUAAGGAUAUGGAUUCUGCAAGACUUCCCCUGAACAGCAAUAACUGAUUCUACAACUGGAUUAAAUAGCUAAAAUUAACGGUUACCUUUGAGGAUGCUGAAUACCAUAAAUUGUUGUACACCCUUGUAUAUUUCACACUAUUCGGAAAAAAUGUGAUUUUUAUAAACGAAAAGCAUUAAAUAUAAUUUAAAAAAUUAGUAA